AAUGACCCUAGUCACAUGCGCCACCAUGUGUCACGUGAUUAGUCGGCAUUUUUGGAUUUCAGAGCUAUUUUUAAAAUACCUUUUCUGCGCGGUAAGACAAACAUUUUUUGAAUAUCUAAAAAUAACGCUUGAAUGCGUCUACUCACUAAAUACCUGAGAAGGGUACCGUACUUUAUCCCAUGUACGGACAGUUUUUCGUCUCAGCGCGUCGAUACAAAAGGACGAAAAUAGAAAAUAUGCAUUGAUGGAAAGGCAGCGGAACAUUACUCUAGAGAACGUAAUUGAUGCAAGUACUUGAUUACUUGCUAAGUAUUUGUCAAUGAUCGAAACACUUGCCUUAUUGCUAAGAAGUACUGUCUGAAAGUACGUGGCAAGUAAGGACAAGUACUUACAAGUAAAUUUACUUCUGGAAAAAAGCAGAGAUGGGCGAGUACUCAUGAAAAAAGUUAUUUUAAUUAUACGUUAUUGUAUGUUAAAAAAUUUCAAGUACUCGAAAAUACUCGAGUACAUUUUUGAAAAAAAGCAAGUAUCGGCUUCAUUACGCAGACGAAGUGCUUGGUCCAAGUACGUUCUCUAAGGAAGUGAUAUCUCCUUAUUUGCUAGUUCUAUAAUAUUAGAUCUAUAAGGCACUGACGCACUGGUUGACAUUCUUCUGGAUAUUCUUGCAAGAUUUUUGUCUCUUGUCAUUUUAGACAAGAAUCUUGUACAGUAUUUUACAUGUAUCUCCUGAUGUUCUAGAUUCCUAUUAUCAGUAUCAUUUAUAUUAUUCUUUCUGUCGCCUAUUUCCAAUAAAAUAAUUAUGAAAAUUGCUCCAUAUAACACUUGAUUUUCUUUUAUUUGUAUAGUAUACUAUUCGAUUUGGCGAGAUUGUUUUCUCUUUUCUCUUUCAUUCCUUUCUGAUGCUCCAUCGUUUGACAUGCAAUAAAAUUGUAACGCCUCCUAUGGAAAAUUAAAACUGUAUGUAUAUUUAUAGAGUCAGAUGGGGUAAUUCCGACCACUUGUACAAAGUUUCUUAGUAUUUUGUGUAUUUCUAAGGCGUUUUUAAUCGGAUAAGCGUGCUAUUGAAUAUGAAGAUGGAACUAACAGUUCUCUAUCCGCUGAUGUAAAAAUUUCCUAAAAAUCCCUCUCCAUUUUCGACCAGUGUUCAAAAGGAGACAAGGAUCUCCAAACAGGCUGGAAUUACCCCAUGUGGGGUAAUUUCGGCCGAUCAGCUAGUUUGCGUGGGGUAAUCCCGACCGGUCCAUUCAAAUACAUGGAGUUUUCUGAAACAAACCUCUGCUAAUUAACGAUAAGUCCUAAUCAGGUAGAAAUUACACCAGUUUGAAGCUCUUCUUCUCUUCUACCUGUCAUAUAAAUUUGAAAUUAUUAGCACCUAUUCUAAUGAAGUUAAUUAAAAUAUAGUAAGACGUGGUUAGAUUUCUGAUUUUUUCAUUUUUCUCGAUUGUAGUAAUUCCGGCCUGUCAGCUAUUUUUCUUGGGCUAAUUCCGACCGGCCCAUUCAAAUACACGGAGUUUCCUGAAACAAGCCUCUGGUACUUUUCAGAAGUAGAUUUCUGACAUACUCUUCAGGUAAAAGGUAUUCGUCAUGUCAUUACCUACAAUAUAUGUGAAAAUUGCAUCUGAAUAGCUCAAAACCAGCAGGCUCUAUGACCUUUUACAGAUAUUAUGGUAAUGAAUUUACACAGUAUUAUUAAAUAUUCUCAUUAAUUAUGAGAAAGUCAUGAAAAAAGCGUUACAAACUAUCGCAAAUGGAUCAUCAAUCUUCUUGCAAAUCUUCUUGUGAAUGUUGUUGUCUAUUAUUGAGCCUAUUAUUAAUCUACUUCUGAAAAGUACCAGAGGUUUGUUUCAGAAAACUCCGUGUAUUUGAAUGGACCGGCCGGAAUUACCCCACGCAAACUAGCUGAUCGGCCGAAAUUACCCCACAUGGGGUAAUUCCAGCCUGUUUGGAGAUCCUUGUCUCCUUUUGAACACUGGUCGAAAAUGGAGAGGGAUUUUUAGGAAAUUUUUACAUCAGCGGAUAGAGAACUGUUAGUUCCAUCUUCAUAUUCAAUAGCACGCUUAUCCGAUUAAAAACGCCUUAGAAAUACACAAAAUACUAAGAAACUUUGUACAAGUGGUCGGAAUUACCCCAUCUGACUCUAGAGUCAUUUUUUUCUUUAGAAGAAUUUAGAGUUUCUGUAAGAGAGAAAUUGAAAUAAUGAAAAAAUUAAGGUUUUAAAUUAACUGAGGUUUAAUUUCUCGUAAGGCAAAUGUGCAUAAUAGUCUUUUUAUCAAUAAUUCUCUGGUGAACAGGAAAAAGAGAGCGUUGAAACCAAGAAAAAAAGAGACAGGUGAAUACCAUCAAAGAAAUAUCAAUACAUUAUGGAUCCAAAGGACCGUAUCGCAAAAACAGCUUAAUGUUUUAACUGCACUAAUUUAACCAUCAAGUUAAGACAAAUCCAUUCAGGUGAUUGUUAACAGUCCGCUAAUGAGCUAUUAACUGACUAUUUUCUUGCUACCAAUACCAAUCAACAGGCUAAAAUUAGUCGGUUAAUGUUGCAAACUCUCGAUCUGGACUGACUGUUUUCUUACUGUGUAACAGACAAAAAUCAAACGAGCGUACGAAUUGAUACGCUCAUUUCGAUUUGCACGUUGUAUUAGGUUGGCAACAAAGUUUUUGCGUUUUUUCUUUCCUCCAUCUUUAGAAAAAACGUAAGAACUUUGUUGCGAACCUAAGUUAUACAAUGUGCAAAUCGCCUAAAAAUGGUACGAACGAUCCGUCAACGAGACGUUCUGUGUCGUUAACGGACUGCUAACGAUACCAUAUCUGAGCCGAGGUAUCUUAAGUCGACGCUCAAAUAAGGUAUAUAACGAUAGAAAAAGUGUUGGUUUUUGUCUAAAAUUAAGUGAUAUUUUUGUUAUACGAUCUCUAGACUUCCUAAAAGAGGAUACACAGUUAAGUAAUCGACAUUACAUAUCAACGCGAAGAAAAAAAUAAAGUUUAUCUUGAAUCGCGAGAAAGUGCUUUUUUGUAUUUAGCACAUUCGAUAACUCAGUAGGUUUUCUAUUUUUGGCAAGGUGUACUGCCAGAAGUUUAGAAAACAUUUUCAAAAAAAAUGGCGAAAAAUAAAUUCCAUGGGAAAAUAACAUAACAUUAGUAAAUAACAUUAAUUUCAAAAUGUUUUCUAAACUUCUGGCAGUACACCUUGCUAAAAAUAGAAAACCUACUGAGUUAUCGAAUGUGCUAAAAUACGAAAAAGCAAGCACUUUCUCGCGACUCUAAAUGAACGUUAUUUUUCUAUGAGUGAUGUGAAUCAGCGUCUAUUCUAUUUCCACUAAUAUUUUUUCCUUCGCAAGUUCAAAUAAAGAAUUUUCUCUUUUGUACAAGUAUAGAGAAGAAUAUGGUUAUUUACGAACGUGGAUUUUGAACUAGAGCUUCCUGACUGGCUUCCUUUCGUUUGCUACAUCGAAUGAUGUGCACACCAUACAUAGCGACCUCGUUCGUUUAUAUUUGUGUAAUGCGGCAUUUUAUAUCACUGUUUAUGACUGGUUGUAACCGUUACGUUCUAUGACUCAUCUGUGGACCUUAUUCUAUGGUAUGGAAUGUACGAAGUUGUUUUGUCAAAUAGUAAAAUAAUAUUAUGAUCUCGUUUUUUAUUGUUUGAUUAAGUGAUAACAAAGCCUUGAACCUUCUAUAAAAAUUUACUUUUCUUUUUCCUAAAACAUUUACGCAAUAACAAAAUUCCUAUCUUUAAAAAUUUUUUGACAGCGUUAACCUUUUGUUGCCCACUCUUUUCCACUUCAUACGUUUUGUAGUUUAUCGUAGCACAGGAUAACAGAUAAUAUGAAAAAAUUAAUUAGUUGUCAUUUUAUUUUUAGACAACGAAGAGAUGAUGAACAGGGAUAAGAAAACGUUCUCGGUAUAACAAGUGUUUAACAGCAUUUUUAAUAUAAAAUUCAUUUGUGUUUUUCAUGUAGAGCAAUGACAAGAUCAAAAAGAGACAAAAUGGAUACAACUAUAUUCAAGAGAAACAGAAACAACAUCUCCCAUCAUAUGAUGAAAUCUAUGAAGAAACACCACUUACAGAAGCCUUUUGGACUUAUUUAAAUUAUGUUAUACUAAAUUUGUUUGGUUGGUUUCGUGAUUUAUUAAGAAAAUUUCGUAUAGAGACUCGAAAAGGCUCAGCCGAAGAUAAUCCACCAGGUUUCGUUUCUCUUUAUCAAAGCUAUGAAAGCUUUUACACACGGAAUGUUUAUGGACGCAUUGCUGAUUGUUUUAAUCGACCUAUUGCCAGUGUACCUGGUGGAGAAGUGACGUUAUUAGAUCGAGUAACAGACGAUUACAAUUGGUCAUUUAGAUACACCAAGGAUACAAUUCGUGCAAUUAAUCUUGGCUCAUAUAAUUAUCUUGGAUUUGCCGAUAACAAUGGAAAAUGUUCUCAAAAUGUACUUGAAAUCAUUCCUAAACUGGGCGUGUCAACAGCAAGUUCUACUCAGGAAUUCGGAACAUUAUCAUUACACCGAAAACUUGAAUCAUUGCUUGCACGGUUUCUUGGCACCGAAGAAGCAAUUGCCUUUGGAAUGGGUUUUGCAACUAACGCACUCAAUAUUCCAUCAAUAGUUGGAAAAGGUUGUCUUAUAUUAAGUGAUGAGCUGAAUCAUACAUCAUUGGUACUUGGAGCUCGUUUAUCUGGUGCUACUAUUAAAAUUUUUAAACACAACGACAUGGCUAGUUUAGAACGAAAAUUGAGAGAAUCUAUUGUAAAUGGGCAACCACGACAUCAUCGUCCAUGGAGAAAAAUACUGAUUAUUGUUGAAGGCGUUUAUUCCAUGGAAGGUUCAUUAUGUAAAUUACCGGAUUUGAUCCGUUUGAAGAAAAAGUAUAAAGCUUAUUUAUAUUUGGAUGAAGCUCAUUCGAUCGGAGCAAUGGGUGCACGCGGUAGAGGCGUUAUUGAUUAUUGGAAUUGCGAUCCGAAUGAUGUUGAUGUACUAAUGGGAACAUUUACAAAAAGUUUUGCCGCAGCAGGUGGUUAUAUUGCUGGAAAAAAGGAAUUAGUUGACCAUAUUCGAGUUACUUCACAUGCAGCUGUUUAUGCAACUUCAAUGAGUCCUCCAGUUGUCGAACAAAUCAUCUCUGUUUUAAAUUUUUUGCUAGAUGAAAAUGAAAAUAGCGAAGGACGAAAACGUAUUGCUCAAUUAGCCUGGAAUACACGCUAUUUUCGUGAACGUUUAUCGAAAAUGGGUUUCAUCGUCUAUGGACAUCCACAUUCUCCAGUUGUUCCUGCUUUAUUAUACAGUCCUUCAAAAAUUGCUGCAUUCAAUCGUGAAAUGUUGAAACGCGGUGUCGCUGUGGUCACUGUGGGAUUUCCUGCAACGCCACUUGUUCUUGGUCGCGUUCGAUUUUGUUUAUCGGCUGCUCAUACCAAAGAAAUGCUUGAUAAAGUGUUAAACAUAGCUGAAGAAGUUGGUGAUUUACUUAAUAUGCGAUUGUCGAAACUCAAUCCAAAACGUUCAUUUCAAGAAAUUCAAAACGAAGAUAACGAUGAAUUAAAAUCCAAUAUCUAA